CCCGUGAGGAGGAAGGCAGCCAGGCAGAGGAUCAGUUCGCUUUGAGCAGUUGGCGAGGGAGGGUGUGCGGCUGGUGGUCCUAACUCUCCCGUGCUCCGUGUCUCCCACGACGCGUUGGCAGGAAAAGUGAUCUUGUGAGUGAAGCGAUGAGAACUAAGCAGCACUAGUGGCUUUGUAGCGCGUCUUGCCUCUCGACUGCUGGGAAUAGCGCCGCGCCACGAAGGAAAUAAGGUGUGAUGGUGGGCGUGGCCACAAGCAGCUGACUGCCUCCUAAGACAUGUCUGGCGGCGCCAUGUUGGUGGUUGGCGGCCUGGUGCUGCUGACGUGGGCACCCACGUGCUCGAGGGCACAGGUGGGACUGCGGACAGCGCCGCUGACGGCGCAGCGGACUCGGGACAACAGCAGCAGUGAUGGCGGCGGCGGUGUGGGUCUCUUCUCCUCCAAGUGGAAUGGCCGCGAGGUGUGGCGCCGCGCCGACAACGCCACCAGCAUCGAGAGUUCCCUGGCGGCCAUCUUCCGCGGCGUGGCCUACGGCGUGCCCACCACCACUACCACCACCACCUCCUCCACCACCACCACUACCUCCACCACUACCACGCGGCCACUGCCCUCCACCCGCGCCACACAUCCGCCCCGCGCUCCCACUUGGGAACCCAAAGAACUGCCCCCGCGUGAUGCCUUUGCACCGCAGCCCUCCUCGCGGCCAGCCUGGCCCCACCCCGAGGUGCAGCAGAAGGCGGUGACGGACCCGCGCGGGCGCGGCUCCAGCAGGCCCAUGCAGACACCCUAUGUGGAGGCGCCGGGCCUCGUUGUGCCUCUUCCUGGCGAGCCUGAGGCUGAGGUGGAGGUGGUGCGGGCGGACGUGGGCGUGGGCCUGAGCAAGGUGGCGUGGGUGCGCGCCCUGGGCCCCGCCUGGGUGGCACACGUGUACUGCGCGGCGGGUCUAUAUGGCAUCCUGGCCCUGCUGGCGUUGUUGUGGCUAGCGCGCGUGCACGCCGCCACACACCUGCUGCCCCGCGGCUACUACAUCACGCUACACCUGCUCAUGUUCCUGGCAGCCUUCCUGCGCUGCGUCCACCUGCUGCACGACCCCUACGGCGCCGAGCGACGCCUUCCCAGGGCACUCUCCGCGCUGGUGGAAGAGAGCGGCUGGCCCUGUCUCACGGCGGCACUGGCAGUGGUGGUGCUGGCCGUGGUGAGGGCCUGGCGCUGCCCACGUCUGCUGCCCCGCCGUCCCCACGCCCCACUCGCCUUGGCUCUGCUCACCGCAGCCCAUCUGCUAGCCUCCGUGGCGGCGCACCUCACCUCGGCCCUGGUGCCGCAACACGCGGCGCCACUCAGGGCUGCGGCACGGGCCGUCACGGCAGCGUGGGGCGGGGCGGUGGGCCUGGGCGGCCUGCUCUCUGUUUGGAGGGCGGCACGUGCGGCCGGGCGCCCCACGGGGCUGCUGCUAGUAAGGCUGAGUCGUCCAGCAGGGGAAGGCGCCGCCCCGCAGCGUCACGCCCGCACGGCACUGCUGCGCGCCGCCCGCUUGGUGUUGGUGGCCUCGCUGCUGCAGGCUGCCCUCGCCAGCCUACACAUGUACGCCCUGGUGGGGCCUCACUACAUCCUGCAGCUGCCGCCGGCCUACCCGUGGCGCUGGCUGGCCUACCAGACGACCUGCCGCAUGCUGGAGGUGCUAAUGUGGGUACUGCUGGGCGCCACCUCUCUGCUGGUGGCGGGCAGCUCGCCGGCGAAGAGGCAGCACCUGAAGGGUGAGCCACGCCUGCUGGCGGCGCUGUCAUGUCGGCGGUGCGGGUCGUGUGCCAGCGUGGCGGCCACAGAGCGCGUGGACGAGGUGUUCCCCGCCGUGUGCCAGACCAACCAGGCUGUCAGAAACUUCACGUUGCACGCCCGUGGCAAGGGCGUGUACCAGGAGGCCCUGGCCCACGUGCCGGCGCGCCGCGCCAACACGGUGCGCAUCACACACAAGCGGCCCUCUAUCCGCAAGUCAGCCACGCUGCACUCAGCCACCUCGGACAUCCACCUGCUGUGGAGCCAAGGGCCCGCCCACAAUGGUUCCGCCCUGGACUGCCCCUCCCAGCCUGCCACAGGCCACAACGGUCCCCCGCGCCCUUCAUCCAUGCUCUUCAACGACUCUGGCUUCGUCAGGUUCAAGACGCAGGCGGACCACCAGCACCAGCAACAGGAGCAACACUUCGUAGACGACACGGUGGCCAGGUCACUGCACAGCCUGCAGAAGCAAGGCGAGGCAAGAGAAGGCGGCCCCAACACUCGCUGUCCCAUGGAUGACCCUCCCGCUUACGAGCACGCCUUGCACGGCCGAGAUGGCGCGGCGUCCCCCAGGUCGGUGGGUUCGCCUAAAUACGAGGAUCCUUACGACAACAGCCAGUUGGAGCAGUUGUUACAGCGGCGGCUGGGCUCCGAGGCGCUGUGUGCGGGCAGCGAGCCUGCAAGCGGCACAGACUGCAGCUCUACGGACGCCCUGUCGCCGCCCGCCGCCACGGAGCAGGACUGGUCCAAGUACGCCAGCACGUGCUCCUCCAUCAGCGCCGCCAACAGCUUUGACGUGCGGAUGUACGACGACUUCGAGGUGGCGUCUUACUACCAGUCUCCCUCCCCCGCCGCCUCCGCCCACGUGUACGCCUCGCUGCACAGACCCAACGCCCGCACCCGCCUGGCGCGGCAGCGAGCCCUUUACGGGGACGGAGAGGCCACGCUGCGUGGGUGCGAGGCACGGCAGGCAGUGGAGCAGCUGGCGGCACUGCUAGCACCGCGCGCCGCCAUACACAUGUCUUACGGGGAGGGGCGCGCCCCCCGGGGUUCAGAUUCGGAACCGAGUUCUUCCAGCGGACGGGCGCCUCGCCCAGCCCGUGGAGGGCACGCCCCGCGGCGCUCUGUACCACACGACCUGACGCCGGACUCAGCAGUGGUGGUAGACUCAGCGGGCCUCACGGACGAGGCCUCGGGGGACGACGGGUCGCCGCCUGCCCGCGCCGGCCUGCUCACCAAGAUCGUGAAAAACAACUUCUCGCUGGGCGGCGGGUACGCGCCCCUCGGCAGUGAGGAUCUGCACGGCCUGCAGUCCCUCCCACAGACCUCCGCACCCCGCCCACCUGACGACCGCCAGGAGAGGGUGCGCCCCUGCGGGCACCGCCCCCGCCGAGGCCAGCGCGAGGAGCCGCCAUCCCCCACUCCUCAGCGGGCUCCGGUGCACCGACAAGCGGCAGGCCGAGGCGGUCGGCGGGAGUCUCGGGGCGGCCAGGAGGACCCCACCGACGUGGCUGACGGCACCACGCAGACGGAGCCCCGCACGUGGACAGCAGGCUCCCCCUCCCCGUGCUCCUCCCGCCCUGCCUCCUCCCUCGCCUCCCACUCUGACCUGCCCUCAGAGUGCGUCGACUCCGAGGACGACCUGCACUACCCUCCACACACCCACUCAAACCCACAGCGCGCCGCCUGGCCCUCCCCAACCCACCUGCAGGCCGCCGUGUGACGCCCCCGCGGCCCCCGCUCACACUCCUUGUGAUAGCCCACUCUCUCACUCACUCACUCACUCACACACACACACACACACACACACACACACACACACACACACACACACACACACACCGGAGGGCAUUUUGUCUCCUAUGGUAGACAGCAGUACAGACAUGGUAAGCAGGGGAAACAGAGGGGAAGGAGGCGGUGCUGAGGGCCUGCCUGCAGGGACGACGCCCACGCCACGCUGUCUUGUGCUGACCCUCAUCCUCCCCCCCCGACCCGCCACAACUGUGUGACGGACGCCGCCCUCCCUCCUCCCAACACAUGAAGAGAGAGAGAGAGAGAGAGAGAGAGAGAGAGAGAGAGAGAGAGAGAGAGAGAGAAGGCGUCCUCAUGAGUGUAUACUACUUAUAACUGUCACAAAACACACACACACACACACACACACACACACACACACACACACACACACACACACACACACACACACAAGGGCUCACCAGGAAAUCAAGACGAAAAGGAAAGAGAAAGUGAGAAAGAGAGAGAGAGAAAGAGACAGAAAAGUAGAGAUAUUUCUAUUUUUGUAAGACCACAACCCACCAAUUCUCCAACCCCCCAUCGCGUCCCCGCCUCCUCUGCCGUACUUAAGUCAAUAAUGAACUGUCUGGCGGUGAAGGGGCGCGCGUGGCCUAACCUAACCUAAACCAAACCUAACCUAACCUAACUCUAUCGCUGGAACACAUAAACUUAAGAAUAUAACGAUGUACUUUUAGCAUAUCAACCACAUUCCCGCCUGUAUGCGUGUGCGUGUGUGUGUGUGUGUGUGUGUGUGUGUGUGUGUGUGUGUGUGUGUGUGUAUCAUUGCCACGCCGUCUGCCAUCAUCAUCAGUAAGUUAAGUCAUCAAUGAGGGCUCAAGGAUGUCACUAUUUACCCACAAGUCCCGUUAGUGACGUCAUGAGUUGCCAAGCCAAUCAACCAAUCGGCAGGCUCUCUUAGGAUGUGGAGAACCAAUCAUCUUAUUCCUUUCGCCACUCCUUCAGUAAUAAACCGGUUGUAUUCUGAAACACUUAAGCGCUGUACCUUCACUGUUUUUAAGGCUCCAGCUGAAGUGACGUGGGUUUUUAAGUGUUUUUCAGGUUCUAGUGACAGGUUAACACAAUUUCUACUUUACUGACAGUAGAAACACACUUGGGAACCCGGCACGUGAAAUAAUAUGGGUUUUUAAGUGUUUUUAAGGUUCUAGUGACAGGUUAACACAAUUUCUACUUUACUGACAGAAAAAAAAACACUCUUGAAAACCCGUCAGGUGAAGUUAUGUGGGGUUUUAAGGGUGUUUUUAAGGUUCUAGUGACAAAUUAACACAAUUUCUACAUUACUGGGAGAAAGAAUCAAUUGAAAACGCAGCUGAAGUGAUGAGGGUUCUUAAGUGUAUUUCUACGGUUCUAGUGAAAGAUUAACAAGAUUUCUUCAUUACUGGGAGGAAGAAUCAAUUGAAAACGCAGCUGAAGUGAUGAGGGUUUUUAAGUGUGUUUUUUAAGGUUCUAGUGACAGAUUAACACGAUUUCUAUAUUAUUGGGAGGAAAAAUCAAUUGAAAACGCAGCUGCUGAAGUGAUGAGGGUUUUUAAGUGUGUUUUUAAGGUUCUAGUGACAGAUUAACACGAUUUCUACAUUAUUGGGAGGAAAAAUCAAUUGAAAACGCAGCUGAAGUGAUGAGGGUUUUUAAGGUUCUAGUGACAGAUUAACAAGAUUUCUACAUUACUGGGAGGAGAAACACUGAGAACCUCGCUAAUCAUCUCUGUGGCCUUUGAAAAUAGUAAUGGUGAGAGAGCAAAGUGUUUCAAAUUGAGUACCAAUGAAUAAGUUAUGUUUAUUAUUAUUAUCAUCAUUAUUAUUAUUAUUACUUAUGGCCAGCUCGUUAUACACAUUACAAUAAGAGAGGCAUUAUUAUUGUUGGUAUUAUUAUGCAUUUUUGUUAUUGUUAUCAUUUACGAACGAAGAAUAACUGAUUCAAAAACGAUAUGUAUUCAAUGUCAGUUCCCAUUUAUCGUAAGCGCGUUUUUUUGUGCCAAGCUAGUCAGAGUAAAAAAUUGAAUAAAAAAAUCCAUAUAUAUCGAAAAAAAAA